GAGUCCGGGAGAAGGGAAGUGUUUCUUUUCUUUGGGACGACACAGCUCAUCCACCACCACCACAUCAUCAUCAACAUCAACAACAACAACAACAACAACAACAACAACAACAGAUGGACAAGACGAUGAACUACAGCUCGGCGGAGGCGAAGGCUGGGACCAUAGAACCGCUGCGUUACCUCAGUCAAGGGGAGGCGGCGGCCCUCGAGACGGAGCUGCUGAGGGACUACAGGUUCGGGCAGCAGCAGCUGGUGGAGAUUUGGGGUCAGGCGUGCGCCAUCGCCAUCACCAAGGCGUUCCCCCUCAGCUCUCUAGCGAAGAAGCAGCCCACGGUGCUGGUGAUCUGCGGUCCGGACCAGAACGGCUCCAUCGGCCUGGUGUGUGCCCGACACCUGCGCAUGUAUGAAUAUGAGCCCACCAUCUACCACCCUCAGCGCUCCUCUCAGAGUCUCCACCAGGACUUCACGGUUCAGUGUGAGAAGAUGGACAUCCCCUCCCUCUCCUAUCUCCCCACAGAGGUGCAGCUCAUAAACGACGCCUACAAUCUGGUGAUCGAUGCCAUGCUGGGUCCGGACGCGGACUGGGCCAACAUCAAAGAGCCCUACCCCGGUAUCCUGAUGACCCUGAAGCAGAUCAAGAUCCCCAUCGCCAGCGUGGACGUGCCCUCAGGUUGGAACGUAGAAGGAGCGAGCGAGGACGGCAUCAACCCGGAGGUCCUCAUCUCGCUCACGGCACCGAAGAAGUGCGCCAGAGGUUUCUCGGGGAAGCAUUUCUUGGCCGGACGCUUCCUGCCCUACGACAUCCAGAAGAAAUACGAGCUUAACCUCCCGGACUACCCCGGCACAGACUGUCUCCUGGAAUUGUAACACAUGGGAAAAGUCAGAGUGACCACACUCCAAAAAAAUAUAUAAAAAUAAGAAGCGUGCGGUUCGAUCCCUUCUCUUGUUUUGUAUUUUCUAUAGAUCGUUAAUGUGAUUUAAUGUGUAACCGCUCCGUUGUGUAGAUCAGGCUACUACACGUUAGCCGAAUGUGCCGUGGAGCUACAAUAGAAGGGUAAUAUUUAGAAGCUGUGGUUUGAGUCCUUUAAGGCAGUGGCAUGAGUUUUUUGUAAAAGCUGUAUGUAAGCAUUACACUGUUUACUGAUUCCUUUUGAUCUCCUUCGAAAUUUUUUUUUUAAUGUUUAUGUUCCGGAUGCUUUUUUCGUUUUAACUUUCUGCUGAGAUGAGGCGCCGUGUAGGUCGGCGAUUUUGAAUUUUCUGUUUUGACCGUUUUUGCUGUUUUUCUUGUGGCCGGCCUUCACGUCUGCGUCGCUCUCGAGCUUCAGUUGCUGCAUCCGCUGUUACAAAAGGCCCAGGCAGUUUUUGUUGUCCAAUAAAAAAUAAAAAAGAAGACCAAAAAUCUUAAA